UGAUUGAGCUGCCGUAUAAAGAGGCAGGUUUCAGAAUGGUGGUGGUGCUACCGGAUGCUGUGGAUGGUCUGCCGGCGGUGCUGGACAAGCUGGCGCAGAAGGGAGUAUUAGAAGAUGUGUUCGCUAUGAGCCCGCCCGGACAGGACGUGGACGUGGACAUGCCCAAGUUCGAAGUCAAAUCAAAGUUCAAUCUGAAAAACGUCUUGGUAAAGGAAGGUGUAAGCAGCAUAUUCAAUCAGCAAGCUGAAGGAAUUGUGAAAGGACAAGGGUUGGAGGUAUCCGAAGUGUUCCAGGAGGCUUUUGUCAAAGUCGACGAAGAAGGCGCCACUGCUGGUGCAUUCACUGGUCUUGUACUGGUGGCGACAUCACUGCUUUCGGAGCCGCCACCGCCGCUGCCCUUCAAGGUGGACCGACCCUUCCUGUACGCCAUCCUGCACCAGGACAUCGUACUCUUUGCCGGCACAUACACGCACUAAACUACAUCAACUGAUAACCUAUAAUAAAGAUAUAAAAAGAAGUACAAGGCUCCUACAAAUAUCAUAUUCAUUGCUUUACUAUCAGAAUUACGAACAAAUGUUUUAUAAAUAAGUUAAAAAAUGUAACGACAAUAUGUGGAAAUACAAUAAAUUCUUAAUAUACAAUUA